CUCUGAACCUGUGAAAUGGCAGUGAUGGGAAUUACAUGCCAAGGAGCUCCUGACCCGAACAUCAAGCACAAGAAGGAGCUCACAACAACGAAGGGAYUGAACGAGACAGUGAGUGAAAAGCAGAGCAGUGUCUGCAAAGUAGAAGAUUCCAAGAAGGUCACCUUUCACAGUCCUUGGAAAAUCCUGAAUGAUGUAAUCACCAAAGGAACAGCAAAAGAAGAAACAGAAGGCGGCUCUGCAUCGAUUUCUAUUAUUGCCCAGGCAGAAUGUGAAAAUAGCCAAGAGUUCAGCCCUACUUUAUCCGAGAGAUCCUUCAUUGCCCACAGUAAGCGCUACAGCCGGUCAGACAGUCUUGAUCAAAUCCCUAACAAUGUGGCCCACGCAACGGAGGGGAAGAUGGCGCCGACCUGUUGGAGAGGGAGGCAUCGUGGUAAAAACAGAAAGAAACGGCAUAAAAAAAGAUCCAAGCUGAAAAUACAAACAGUAGCUGCUGGCAGACGUGGUCCCAGAACUCCAGAACAGGAAAGCUGCGCCCCAAUUCCAGUCCAGGAGGAUGAAGCACACCAAAGUACUCUCUACAGAAACAAUUUUUGGGUUUCAGAACUUGGCAAGGAUUUGGCCUAUGACCCCCUGCUGUUUGAGAAACCUGGGAAACUUCUGUCCGCUGGCAAAGUCCCUUCACCAAGGAGCCAGUACAAAACAGAACUGCACAAGCUGAUCAGCCCUGUUCAGUGCCUUAGUCAUGUUUGGAAACGUCACUAUCAGAGGGACAGUGUUCCACAGCCUGAAACGCUUCACCCUUUCCCAUACAACAUAAUACCUCCUCAUUUCCCACCCCUGGAGAGUCCUCUCCAUGCCAUGAAACUUAAUGCACUGGGAACAUACUGCCCUGGUGAUUUCAACUAUGCAGACAGUGAGCAUCGCUUAUCUAGCCUAAACUUAGAAUGCAGUUUCCCCAGAUGUGUCAACCAGUCCAUGAAAACCAGUUCGGACAAGAUUUCUGUGGAAGAAUACUUGGUAGACGCCUUGAAGGGGAGCGUGAGUUUCGGUGAACCGCAGAAUUUAGCCAGCCUAGCCAAGACGUGGAGAGGAGGCGGUCUGGACCUGAAGGAACCAUCGCAAAAAGCAGAGGACAACGAAGGCGUGCUGCUUAACGAGAAACUAAAGCCAGUGGAUUAUGAGUACAGAGAAGAGAUUCACUGGAAGAAGUGUCACGGUUCUCUGGGCAUUGGCUCUUUUGGAGAAGUAUACAAAAUAGAGGACAAGCAGACAGGAUUUCAGUGUGCUGCCAAAAAGGUGCAAGUUGAACACUUCCGUGCAGAGGAGUUGACAACGUGUGCUGCAAUAACGAGUCCUAAAGUUGUCCCCUUGUACGGAGCAGUGAAGGAAGGGCCUUGGGUGACAAUCUUCAUGAAGCUCAUGGAGGGUGGCUCGCUGGGCCAGCUGAUUAAACAGAGCGGCUGCCUGCCAGAGGACAGAGCUCUUAGUUACCUGGGCCAGGCUUUAGAGGGCUUGGAGUAUCUUCAUGCUCAAAACAUUCUUCAUGGUGAUGUAAAAGCGGACAAUGUGCUCUUAUCUGAUGAUGGAAGCAGGGCUCUUCUCUGCGACUUCGGACACUCUGCUCACCUUCACCCAGACAGCUUGGGAAAGUGCCUGGUCUCGGGGAACUACGUGCCUGGCACAGAGACUCACAUGGCUCCAGAGGUGGUGAUGGGGAAGCGCUGCGACUCCAAGGUGGAUGUCUGGAGCAGCUGCUGUAUGAUGCUGCACAUGCUCAACGGGUGCCACCCGUGGACCCAAUAUUACAAUCACCCCCUCUGUCUAAAGAUAGCAAAGGAGCCACCUCCUCUGAGGGAAAUUCCGCCUUCCUGCAACCCUCUCACUGCGGAGAUUAUUAAAAUGGGCCUGGAGAAAGAGCCUGUUCAAAGAGCAUCUGCGUCUGAACUGAAAACUAAGACCACGGUUGCACUUGAAGAAGUGGGAGGCGUGACAAGCCCCUGGAAAGGUGAAUACAGAGAGCCCAGACAUCUGCCUUUAAACAAAGAAAAUAAUCAACAAGCCUCCCUGUCCCCCAGAGUSAGCCCAGUUUCUGAGACUGGUUCCGACCCAAAACUAUCAGGGAAAGUUUCUUGUGCGAGACCAGAUGUCCCACCCCCAUCUCUGGAGCGAACAGAGGAGGUCGAGGGAACCCCUUGGAACCUGUGCAAGGAGUUACCGGGGAUCUGGGAUCCUGCACCUCUCUCUUCUUUGGCUCCUCUGCCCCUGAAGAGCUGCAGUCAUGCAGAGAAAGUAACAACCAUCUCAGAACAAGAGCUUCAGCAGCUAGAAAUAGAACUGUUCCUGAACAGCCUGUCACAGCCUUACUCGCUGGAGGAGCAAGAACAAAUGCUUUCGUGCCUCAGUAUCGACAGCCCUUUUGUGUCGGAUGCCAGUGAGAAGAACUCCCUGAAGGCUUCUCAAAGCUUGAGGGACACCAUGAGCUCUGGGAUUCAUUCCUGGAACAGCCAGACAGACGGACAGAGUUUCAGUUGGAACAACCUGCUGAAUCGCAGCCGGCACACGGACACUCCCAGCUAUUUCAAUGGAGUGAGAAUCCAGAUUCAGUUGCUAAGUGGAGAAAAUCUACACAUCAGGGAUUUCCACAGGACGAAGGUGGGAGACAUCGCCACCGGGAUAAGCAGCCAGAUACCAGUGCCUGCCUUCAGCCUGGUGACCAAGGAAGGCUGCCCGGUCCACUAUGACAUGGAGGUGCCCGACUCCGGGAUCGAGCUGCAGUGCACGCUCGCCCCCGACUGCGGCCUCAGCUGGACGUGGAGAGUCAAACACGGGCAACUGGAGAACAGGCCGUGAAGUUACUGCUGCUUCGGAGGUUUUCACCUGUGGAAAUASGGAAUUGCAAAAGCUUCCGAGCGCCUCUGCCAUCAAGCACCACGUGCGGGUGCUGGUGUUUUGUGCUGAAGUAGGAUAGCGGUUCAGCAGCUCACUGCUCUAGGGCCUCACUUCUUGUCGUCUGUCCUGAUCUGGUUCCAAGAGACGUCCUGAGCACCGAUGUUCCCCGGAACAGUGGGAAUGGUUUGGUUGCGGCUGAGUGUUAGAUUGAGCUUGAAAACAGCAGGUCGAAGUCCCUGCUUUGCAGAGGACUGUGGCUGUGCUUUCCAGGAGAGCACAGGGGCUGGACGGGGACACUUGCUGCUCGGCCUCUGAGGUGAAGGCAGUAGCGAGUGGCCUCGCUAGGAGAAGGUCGAGAAUCCUGAGCGCAGCUGUUUGUGCCGAGGGCGGCUGCCGACUUCCUCGCUGGAGGAAAAGCCAAGUGCUCUGUAGGCUUUGGCAGCAGCAUCUCUACCUGCCGCCUUUUGCAUGGGRAAAGUUGAAAGCAGUAACGAGCCGGGUUCUGGGUUUCACCUCCCACCCUUCCCCGCAGAUGCUUCCGUCUCGCAUCAGAAGAGACCUUGGUUCCCAGAAAGAGCUUUGCUUGCAGCCUCGGUCUUCAUGUCCCCUCCCCGCCUCGGGAGCUGCCGCCUCCCUCGCUGGUGCUGGUGCCGACAGAGGGAGCAGAACUCUCCAGGAGGCUGAGCGGCGUGAGGCUCAAGUAGGAAGGUUGUAAUCAGUGGUGGAACGGUUAGAGCAGGAGGGCUGUGCCGAUUCCUUCCUGUUUGCAGCACUCCUGCUGCCUGGCUGCGGCUUUGCUCCGGCCGUCCACCCAGCUCCCCCUGCAGGGAGAAGGA